AUGUGCAUUCAACGCUUCGACCAAUGCACCAAGUGCAAUCUCUCCUACAACCAAAAGACCAAGCAGUGCGACCGGAACAAGGCGCAGAACCAAGGCUUUCUGGCGCAGUGCCUGGGCCUCCACCGCCCCUGCGACCGCGUCGUGCGCACCAAGCCCGUCAACCUCGAGUGGUACUGCGCCCGAUGCCGGGGGCCCAUCACCGCCCCGAUGCAGCCUCACCAGAUGAUGAGCUACCGCGGCCCUACGUGGCAGGACCCUCCACCGCUGUCGUCGCAGCAGAGACAGCUCCUGCAGCAGCAGCAGCAGCAGGCGCAAAAGAAAAAAGGUAAGAAGCCCCACGGCGACCAGCAGCGGUCCGCCACCACAGACCCCAUCAUCCCCCUAUUGGCCGCUGUCAAGCAGCCCGACAGCGAACGGAACCUGACGCGCAGCAAUGCCAUCCGCAGACACCGCACGACGUCCGAGGCCUCGGUCCUGCAGCGGCCCGACGAGGCCUGGGUGGCCAGGGAGGAGCGGACCAAGCGGCUCCGGCGCGAGAACCGCAGCGUGGCCUCACGGAGCCGAGGGUCCGAGGACCGCAGCAAGAAGCAGCCCAAGGGCGAGCCGCCGCGGGUGAAGAUGCCGCUCUACGUCCCCGCGGCGGGCGACCCGACCAACCCAAACAUCGUCUGGGCCAAGCACGUAGUCGAGAGUAAGAGUAAAGCAAGGCAGCAGCAGGCCGCCUCGUCCUCGUCCUCGUCCUCAAAGGCGGGCCGACGCGAUGCCGAGCGUCCCAGCGGCUCCCACUCCGACCCGCCGGCCGGCUUCACCUACGAAAAGUGGCAGACCGAAGACCCACCCCGGAGAAAACCAAGCACCAAGGCGGUCGUCCCCUCGACGUCCUACACGUCCCUGCCUCGGGCAAAGAAGUCGCACCCCCCUGUGACGCAGCUUAAAAGCCGUCCACGCACGGCGUCGGCUGGAGCCACGAUGCGUAGCUUGAUCUCGCCCAUUUUCAGGAGGGCUGCAAGCCCAGAUUGGGUCUGCGCUGAUGCCAAGCUCAUCGAAAAAGGUAGAGAAAAUUGA